UAAGCAUGCGUAGAUCCGCGUGCGUGCAGAUCAGUCCCAGGUUCUGAUCCAAAAGUAGUGAAAACCCAUCGUCAUGUUUAGGCUGGUGGUUAUUUCCGUUCUGGCGAGCAUCGCCGCGGUGCAAUGUGGAACCAUUCUCACGCCCGUCAUCGGCAAGCUCGUUUCUGAGAAGGUCGUCGAGGCGCACGGCAACAGCGUGGUGCACCCAUCGCCGUCGCUGGUGGCCGCGGCUUCACCGGCGUUGCUGAGAUACGCGGACGUCGCGUUGGUGCAACAACCGGUCGCCGAGAUCGUGCAGCCGGUGGCGAAGGCCUCCCUGGUCGCCGAGAAGACGAUCGAGGCCCACGGACACCAAGUGAUCCACGACGCGCGUCCGUUGGUCGCGGUCGCGAAACCUUUGGCAGCCGUCGAAUCGCAUGUCGCGCUACCUGCCUUUGCCACUCGCGAAAUAGCCUACGCGCCACCGUACUAUUCACCAUAUUACUCGGCGUAUCCUCAACAGCUGCUCGCCGAGAAGACCGUGUCCAGUUACGGGCAUAGCAUUCAACACGUGUAAUAAUCACCGGGCGAAGUCAAACACGAAUGGUAAUUCUAAAGAGCACGCAUGGAUUUACAGAGUUAAAGCUGUAAGUUCUUUCACGUGGAGUCUUUCGCUGAAGUAAAAUAUGCGAUCCCGCUUUAAGAAUAUUUCAUUUAAAAAAAAAAAUGUUAUCUUUGAAUAGAAAAUUUUUCUAUUUCAUGUAGGUUUCAUUAGAAAAAUUGAAAAGAUUAAAGACUGUCAAUCCUAGUUGGGCUCGUUAGAGUUAAAGGAUCAUUUUUCUGUAUCAGCUUUUGCUCGCAAUCGCGGGAAACCGUUCAUCCGAAGCACAUCAUCAUUCUCGAUCACUUUGGUAAAUCACUCAUCAAGAACUAUCCUAAAUUCGAGAACCGUGUUCGCGCGUGACUCGACAAAUGGGUUGAAACUGGCAGUCUUUGGCCUGGGAAAGAGGCCAGUUAAUCACGUUUGUCAACAAUUUGUAUGUACAAAACCAAAAGAAAAAAAAAGAAAAAACAUUGUAUUGGACGUACUCGACUCAAUGUAAAAUCCACAAUAAAUUUUCACGCAUUUUCAUAUCCAGA